ACAAACAAUUUUCUCUGUUGUUGUCAUCGUCGUUUUUCAGCCGGCUGUUUUGGAAAUCUUUGAAUUAGUUGCCAAUAUACAAAAAUGCUGCAAAGCGACGAUAUAAAAGAUGAUGACUUGCCAGCGAAUACCCUGGAGCACUUUACGGAAUUGGACCAAGUGCUACAGAUGAUUGACCAGAUAAAGUCAAUUAAAGCUAGCUCGUUUGAAAGAGAAUUUGAACAAUACGCCCAAGUGUUGACCCGCUACCAGGAACAGCCCCAUUUGCUGGAUCCGCACCUGGAGCUGCUUUUGUCCCGUUUGCUGACAAAAAUCAGGCAAACUAAUCUGCCAGAUGAUGAACGUCAUGCUGCAUUCAAAUAUCUCUACAUAAUUUGCAAAGUACGCACAUAUAAAGUCCUUGUGAAAUUUAUGCCUCAUGAAUUAAGCGAUUUGGAAUUUGUUUUGGAUCUGCUGGAUCAACAAGAUCCCAAGGAAUUCGAUCAUUGGGAGACACGUUAUAUGUUACUCCUCUGGAUGUCCAUAUUGGUAUUGAAUCCAUUUCAUAUGUCGCGUCUAGAUGUUUACGAAACGACAACAUCCUCGGCAACGACAAAUUGUGUGGUUAGCAAUCAUGUCCAGGCCAAGACCAGUAAAAUGGAACGCAUAUUCAAACUAUGUCAACUAUAUGCAUCCACCAAUGAUACUUGCAGUGCAAUGGCUGCCUAUUUGUCAGCCAAAUAUUUUAUACGAUCCGACAUUAAGGAUGUGUAUUUGGAAAGAUUUCUGGAUUGGAUCAUGGAUCAACAUCAGGCCGAUACGGUGCAUGUGAAAUUUGGUCAAUUGGCAGCAGUGGCAGCUAUUUUAAAGCAUGGCAAACGCGAAGAUUUGUUGCCCUAUGCCGAUAAGUUGCUUCAAUGGAUUGGCUCAUGUAACUACAAGGAUGGCAAUGAUUUCCUGAAGUAUAAAAACUACGUAAAAAUCAUUCAGCGCAUAGGUUUGGUUCAUUUGAAGCCAAGAAUAGCCAGUUGGCGGUAUAAAAGAGGAACACGAUCCUUGGCCACGAAUCUCAAUCAGCCAGGGGCUAGAGGCUCGGAUAAUGCAGCAGAAUCUGAGGCAAAUCCUGAUGAAUUGGAAGAGGAGAUUGUGGUGCCAGAUUCAAUUGAAGAGGUGAUUGAAGAAUUACUUCAAGCUCUACGAAGCGGUGGCAAUGAUAUACGCUGGAGUGCCGCUAAAGGUUUAGGUCGUGUGACUAAUCGUUUGCCAAAGGAAUUAGCCGAUGAGGUGAUUGGUUCAGUGAUUGAUAUACUUAAUCCUCUAGAGCCACAUGAGGCUUGGCAUGGUGGUUGUCUGGCCUUGGCUGAGUUGGCAAAGAGAGGACUACUCUUACCCUAUCGCCUCGAGGAAUUGGUUCCCUUGCUUAUGCAGGCUCUGUUCUAUGACGAAAUGAAGGGAUACAUGUCGGUGGGUCAGCAUAUACGUGAUGCUGCUUGCUAUAUGUGUUGGGCCUUUGCCCGAGCUUAUAAUCCGGAUGAUUUGAAGCCAUUUGUUCAGAAGAUCUCUUCCGGUCUGCUCACUGUGGCCGUUUUUGAUCGAGAGAUUAAUUGUAGGCGUGCUGCUUCGGCUGCUUUUCAAGAGUCUGUGGGUCGUCUUGGCAAUUUCCCAUUCGGCAUUGAGAUCUCUACCACAACAGAUUUCUAUUCUGUGGGCAUAAGGCAAAAUUCGUAUUUGAAUAUCAGUGAUUAUAUAGCUCAAUAUCAGGUUUAUCGCGAACCACUCAUCAAUCAUUUGGUGCAACGUAAAGUGGGUCAUUGGGAUUCGGCAAUAAGAGAAUUAACAGCCAAGGCUUUGCAUAAGUUUGCUAUUCGAGAGCCAGAGUAUAUGGCCGCGGUGGUGCUACCACAAUUAUUGGCCAAAACCGACACCAUAGAUGUUAAUUCUCGUCAUGGUUGUGUCUUGGCCAUGGGUGAAAUUACUUUGGCUCUGCGGCAACUGGAGCUGGACUCUAAAGGUGCAACAGUCUACCUAUCCAAUCAGCGGUUAGCUGAACUAAAUGAACUAAUUAAAAGCUUUCUUGAGCGAAAUUAUUAUCGUGGCAUGAGUGGUGAGCUUAUGAAAUCCUGUUCCACACACUUUAUAAGAACUUGCAGUCUGGCCAAGCUGCAGGUCACUGAAGAAUGCCUGGACACAUGGCAAGCUGUGAUUGAUAUUUGUCUGGUUAGCAAGACGACUGCAAUUAGAGAAUCGGCUGUGGAAGCAUUCUCUGAACUCUGUCAAGCUUAUUACUGUCUGCAAGAACGCAAUCAGCAAAAUGAACGCAUUAUUAAUGCCUAUCUAAAGGGGGCAGAUAACGAUCUGGAGGAGCAUAUACGUAUGGGUUAUAUAGCUGCCAUUGGAGUGCUGCCAGCAUUUAUGAUACGCCCACAUUUGGCUGCAAUACUGGAUAACUUGGUCAAACAUGCCCUAACGCCUCUGCAGGCAGUACGAGCCGGUGAAAUGACCAUCCAAGAUCAUGAGAAUAUACAAACCUAUCGUUGGAGCGAAGCGCGUACCCAGAGUGUCAAGGCAUUGACCAAACUUGUCCAGAGUGUUGGGUAUGCAGAGAAUUCAGAUUCUUUUGGUAAUCCCCAUAAUUUCCACAAGGUGAUUCAGUGUCUACUUAAAGCAUUGGAUGAAUACACUUUAGACAAUCGUGGUGAUAUUGGGGCCUGGGUACGUGAGGCAGCUAUGGUCUCAUUAUAUGAAAUUGCCACAAAGUGUCCACCAGAUUUAUUGUCGCCCAUGCAUACCCAUCAAAUUGUUGUGGGAUUUAUGCAGCAGGCAGUCGAGAAAAUUGAUCGUACACGUGGACUGGCUGGACGUUUGUGCUGCAAACUCAUUCAUUCCACUCCGGCCAUACCAUAUAUACAAGAACAUGCCAAAUUGCUAGAAAUAUUUCCAAAGGAUGAGAAAACUAUACUAUGGCUUUUUGCCGAUCAUACAUUCCCCUUGUUUUGCGAACUCUUAUCUUUUGAAAGUUAUUCAAAGCGUGUAUUAUUGGGUUUAAGUGCCAGCAUUGGUCAACUGACUGAAUCAUUGAUAAAAUACGCUUCGACAGCGUUCUUCCAGUUUUUGCGUUCUAACAGCGAAGCAGUACCUCGCCUAUGCUCCGAGAUUAGACAGAAUUUUGAAGAGAAUCUCUUAAAUGAACGUGUUACGUAUCCCAUGUUAAGUUUUCUCGAUAUACUCAUUGGUUCGGGCACUAUAGAUGCGGUUCUUCAUGAUGAAAAUGAUUCAUUUGCUGAGGAUAUCUUUCGCCUGCUAAAUCUCGAGGUGAAGGGUUAUAAGAAACUAUAUAAGACGGCCAGUAGUAUAAGUGCCUUUUGUCAACUGAUUCAAGUGCCACGGCUUAGUCGGCGUGUCUUGUCGAAAAUAUCCGUAUUUCUGGGACUACAACAUGUUCAUGUACGAAAAACGGCGGCCACAAAACUGUAUGAAGCCAUUGCCCUGCAUGGUGAUGUCACUGAGAUACCGGAAGAUAAUAUGGAUGAAAUCCUAACACUUUUAUCCGAAACGGAUUGGACCUUGCCUUUGGUAGAAGUUCGUCCUCUAAGGAAUGAACUGUGCCAGUUAAUGGGCAUAAAGCCUCCUGUCAGUGGGGCAGCAGCUGCUGCAACAAUAACAACAAACAACCUUACUUAGAUGAAUAUGUGUUUUUAAAACUUGUUUUGUACCAGUUUUAUAUUUUAUUUAACAUUCGCACAUUUAAUAAAACAUUUCUCUAUUA